AAAUAGAAUUGUACAAAAAAAAAUCAAUGUUGCUGGGGCACAACAGGAUUUGUGACAGCUGUGAAAAAAGGUAAGAUGUGCAGGCUACAAUAACAAUGACAGUUUAUUAAAAAAAGGGUAGGUAUAACAGACUAGAUACGCCUGCUACGUUAGGUUACUGACUAGGUAACUAGGAACAGUGUCUGAGAGCCCUGCUCUACACAGUCCAAACAAUGUUUGGUGUUUUGUUAGAUAGUAUUGCCACUAGCUAGCCAUUCACACCCGUAGUGGCACGACAUGAGCACGAGCUGCCCCACUGUGCUCCCAACUAUGCAUAGAUAGGAUGGCGGAUUCUACAGAGCGUGGCUAGCUACUAUCCAAAAUAAAACAACAAAAUGUAACGUUAGUGGUGGAAGAUGCUGCGCAAGAAUGCCCACCCGUCUGGAGCUGAAGUUGGAUGACACAGAGGAGUUUGAGAGUGUCAAGAAAGAGCUUGAGAGUCGGAAGAAACAGCGAGAUGAGGUGGAUGUUGGCGUGGCGAUGUCGAGUGACAUGGUGGGAGCUGGUAGUGGAACAGGGGAUGGGAAGACACGGGAACAGAUGAUCAAUGAGAGAAUAGGCUACAAGCCCCAUCCUAAACCCAACACCUUGCCAUCGCUCUUUGGAAACCUGCAAUUUUGGGUUCCUAAUGGACACAUUACAGACAGCUAAAAUGGUUGGCCCCUCCUGCACUGGUGUGUGGUUGGCACCGUGACUGUGCUCUUGACAUGGUCAGGGGUAUUUGUUUACCUGAGAAGUAUAUCUCUACAAAGAAAUGUGUACUUUGAGGAUCAUAUUGCAUUCAUAAGUCUAAAGUAAUGUUGCUGCAUUUACCUGAAAAGUUAUGACUUGCGAUGCAAAGGGUGGCCUUUUGUACAAUGUAAUGUUUGAUGGCAGGGGUCAUGUACAAUGGUUUCCCUCCUUUAUUACAAACAUCCAGACUUGGUAGCAUCUGUGGAAAGAUGGAUUAACUGAAUGGACUUGAACUAAAUCAGUCAUUACUUACAAUGG